GACCCGGAUGGUAUUUACGUCAGGCAAGAUGGCGGCGGCGGUGCUGAGGUCGCUUACCAAACUGAGACGUCCUUCAGCUCUUAUUUUUCACAAUAAUUUAAUAACCCCUGGUUGUACUGUUCUGCAAAAUAGACAGAAGCAGUGGCAGCCAGAUGUUGAGUGGACGGAGCAGUACGCGGGAGCGGUCAUGGUCCCCAGCGCGAUCACAGAGAAAUGGGUCCCCCCACCAUGGAACGAUAAGGACCCGCCGAUGGAGAAGGCCGUGUCCAAUCUGACCAUAAACUUCGGGCCGCAGCACCCCGCGGCGCACGGCGUCCUGCGGCUGGUCAUGGAGCUCAGCGGCGAGUCGGUGAAGAAGUGCGACCCGCACGUCGGCCUCCUGCACCGCGGCACGGAGAAACUCAUCGAGUACAAGACCUACCUGCAGGCGCUGCCUUAUUUCGAUAGGCUGGAUUACGUGUCGAUGAUGUGCAACGAGCAAGCCUACUCCCUGGCCGUGGAGAAGCUCCUGAACAUCCAGGCCCCGCUCCGUGCCCAGUGGAUUAGAGUGCUGUUCGGGGAGCUGACUCGCAUCCUCAACCACAUCAUGGGCAUAACCACACACGCCCUGGACAUCGGGGCCAUGACUCCCUUCUUCUGGAUGUUCGAGGAGAGAGAGAAGAUGUUUGAGUUCUACGAGCGUGUUUCGGGAGCGAGGAUGCACGCUGCCUAUGUCCGUCCUGGGGGAGUUCACCAGGACAUGCCUUUGGGGCUGAUGGAUGACAUUUAUCAGUGGUGCAGGAACUUCUCCCUGCGCGUUGAUGAGGUGGAAGAGAUGUUGACCAACAAUCGCAUCUGGAAAAAUCGCACAGUCGAUAUCGGCGUGGUGAAGGCUGAGGACGCCCUGAACUACGGCUUCAGUGGCGUGAUGCUGAGGGGUUCCGGCAUUAAGUGGGACCUGCGGAAGUCCCAGCCCUACGACGUGUACGACCAGGUGGAGUUCGACAUCCCCAUCGGGAGCAAAGGAGACUGCUAUGACAGGUACCUGUGCAGGGUGGAGGAGAUGAGGCAGUCUCUGCGCAUCAUGCACCAGUGUCUCAAUAAGAUGCCCGAGGGGGAGAUCAAGGUGGACGACGCCAAGGUGGCCCCGCCCAAGCGGUCCGAGAUGAAGACCUCCAUGGAGUCUUUGAUUCAUCACUUCAAACUGUACACCGAGGGGUACCAGGUUCCCCCUGGGGCCACGUACACUGCUGUGGAGGCCCCCAAGGUGAGCGCCCCCUACUGGUGGUGGUGA